AGGAAAUUGGAAUCUGAAGAGGGUGCCAAAAUUGUACUGCCAGACUCUUCUGUGAAGACUAUCCAUGGAACAUUGGCACAAGUCUCGUAAUGCCAGUGACCAGUGAAGUGACUGAGGAAGAACAAUGGUUCACCAUAGAGCUUAAUUCACCAUUGCAGUUUUUGUUAAUGAUAUCAGAGGCGUACAAGGAAGGUCUAAUUUCAAAAAGUGAACUUACAUUCUUUUUUACUUCUUUUUUAACUAAAAAUAAUGAGUAAACGAGUUUAUGUAACAUAUGUAGCAGAAGCACAGGAAAGGAAAACAUUGAUGAAAUUUGAGCAGGGAGAUUUGGGCAAUUUCAGCAGCAUAACCCAAAAAAUUAAAUCAAAAUUUUCUCUCCCAAGUGAAAAAAAUGGGCCAUAUGUUGAAAUAGAUGACAUGGACGAAGACAUAUUAGAAGAUAUCAUUGAUCUGAAAUUUUCUGAAAAGUGCAAUACAUCAAAACACACUUUGGGGGAAUGUCUACCCAGUAGUCAAACAAUCAAUACCCUUGAGAGAUCUGCGUCUUCUGAUUCAGCAAACUCAUUUGCCUCCACCAUUGACUAUAUGAACAACUCGCCUUGAGAGAUCUGCGUCUUCUGAUUCAGCAAACUCAUUUGCCUCCACCAUUGACUAUAUGAACAACUCGCCUUGAGAGAUCUGCAUCUUCUGAUUCAGCAAACUCAAUUGCCUCCACCAUUGACUAUAUGAACAACUCGCCUUGAGAGAUCUGCAUCUUCUGAUUCAGCAAACUCAUUUGCCUCCACCAUUGACUAUAUGAACAACUCGCCUUGAGAGAUCUGCGUCUUCUGAUUCAGCAAACUCAUUUGCCUCCACCAUUGACUAUAUGAACAACUCGCCUUGAGAGAUCUGCUCUUCUGAUUCAACAAACUCAUUUGCCUCCACCAUUGACUAUAUGAACAACUCGCCUUGAGAGAUCUGCAUCUUCUGAUUCAGCAAACUCAUUUGCCUCCACCAUUGACUAUAUGAACAACUCGCCUUGAGAGAUCUGCAUCUUCUGAUUCAGCAAACUCAUUUGCCUCCACCAUUGACUAUAUGAACAACUCGCAAAUCUCAUCAAGGAGUGUCAGCCCAUGCAGAUCUUCAACCAGUAUUUCAUCAGAUGUGUCUGAGCUGUCACCAUCAACUAGCAAACCAACAGAAUCGGCCAAGCAGGUGGUGUUUGAUGCUAAAAAGAUCUUGGAUGGACACCCAAAGGGACACGCAAUUUUGGAAGAAUACAACAAAAAUGGGUACAUCUCUCCAGGGUCAAGGAUGUGUCUUGUCAGCGUACUAGUUGCUGAUCUAGUGGGAAAGUGUGGAAAAGAGGAAAUGUACAUUUUUGGCCUUUUCCAAAACCAAAGUCCAACGGAGAGAAGUGCUUUCGGUAUUGAUCAAGACUUCCAAUCAACGCACAGUGACGCCUCAAACUGCUUGCUGCGAAGAUGGGUUGGUCAUGCUCAUGCCCUUCUUGCAUAUGGUUCAAACUGCAAAUCUGAAGGAGUUCGCAUGAUUAUACAGGACUACAAUGCACAAAUCAAAGAGUCAAGUGAUGAACUGACAGCACUCUAUGGUUUCCUUGUAUUGCUGCGUUUGCUGCCAUCAUACAACACAAAGAAAAAGGGCCGUACUUCCUGCCAGGAUGUUGAAGAUCUGCUUGUAAAAUUCCAUGAGGUAGGCACCUCAGCUGCAGAUGCUCUCAAGGAUGGGGCUACAAAGCAACCCACACUCUUAGCAUUUGGAUCUAAAACGAGCAUUGAGCAGAUCAUCUUGAAAAUUGAAGACUACGGGUUCACUCUUCCUUCGUCAAACAUUGUACCUGCUGUGGAUACACUCUUCAAAAGUCACUAUGUCUUCAACUUGGAGUACUCGGCACAAUUAGAAAACUUCUUUGUAUACCUCCAAUCUGAACUUUACGGUUUAAAGUUCAAGGGAAAGAUGUCAACUCGUAUAACAGAAAUUACUAUCGCAAUUAAAGCACAAUAGACAAACAAUAGUUUGUUCACCAUCAGGACUGCAUGUCAUUGAUGUUUACAUGUUGAGAUGUUGAAAUUUUAGGCCUAUGUCUUUAUAAAAAUAGAGUACAUGUAUACUCAUGCCAACUAGCUAAAUUGGUUAUAAGUACAACUGUUGAAGGGCUUAUGCAACCAAACCAACAAUUUUUAAAGUUGCUCAGAUGUUUUUUUUUUUCACAUGUUGAGAUGUUAAAAUUGUUUGGUUUUUGUUGAGAUAUUUUGAACAAAAAAAAAGACAGCAUAUCGAAACCUUACAAAAUCAUCAGGUGAGAUGUUUUGAUUUUUCAUAUGUUGAAAUGUCGAAAUUGUUUUUAGUUAAGAUGUUAAAACUGUUUGACUUGUUGACAUAUGUUGAUGUUGCUGUCGCUAUCUUUUAAAAAAGAUAGCAGUGAUCAAAACCUAAAAGCAUUUAAUUGGUCCCUUGAAAAAUGAUGUAAUUCUAUGCAAGUAUUGUAAACCAAUCACAGUAAACCCUGUAGCCAUGUUACUGAAAACAAAAUGCUUGAAACAGAAACUGCCAUCAAAUAAUUGGCUUGAGUUUGUCACUAGGCAUAUGUCUUUAAAAAAAAUAGAGUACAUGUAUACUCAUGCCAACUAGCUAAAUCGGUUAUAAGUACAACUGUUGAAGGGCUUAUGCAACCAAACCAACAAUUUUUAAAGUUGCUCAGAUGUUUUUUUUUUUCACAUGUUGAGAUGUUAAAAUUGUUUGGUUUUUGUUGAGAUAUUUUGAAAAAAAAAAAAAGACAGCAUAUCGAAACCUUACAAAAUCAUCAGGUCACUUGAAAGACUGAUGUAUUUAAUUGUAUACCUCUUACAGUAGACCAUGUAACCAUAUUUACUGAAACAAAAUGCUCGUGACAAAAACUGACUCCAAGCAAGGCUUGAGUUUGUCAAUUGUCACUUUGUCUUCAAAUUAGAGUACACACGGUCCAACUAACCAAAUCGGUUGUAAGUACAUGUGAGAAUCCUGAGAUGUUUUGAUUUUUCAUAUGUUGAAAUGUCGAAAUUGUUUUAGUUAAGAUGUUAAAACUGUUUGACUUGUUGACAUAUUUUGAUGUUGCUGUCGCUAUCUUUUAAAAAAGAUAGAAGUGAUCAAAACCUAAAAGCAUUAGGUCCCUUGAAAAAUGAUGUAAUUCUAUGCAAGUGUUGUAUACCAUGAAUCAACCAAAACUGCCACCAAAUAAUUGGCUAAAUGCCAGUCUGCCAUAAUAUUCAUGUAUUUUGUGGAAUAUUUUAAAAAAUCAUCAAAAAGAUGUUGGGCACAUUUGUAGCACCGUCUACUGAGCCUCCUUCGUAAUUUGUGAUGUAAAGUUAUAUUUUUAUGAAUAAAAGAAAAA